AUGGCUCUGCUGCCGUCGCCGCUCCUCCCGGACCCAAGAUGCUGUCGCUGCGUGGCCACCGGACGGGGUGCGGGCGAGAGCCGACGCUCGAGGACAAUGGCUGGUGAACCGGCAAAGACACGACAACAAUUCCUCCGCUUGGACGACAUUCAGCUGGCCAUCACGGACAAGGAUGCGACGAAGCGAGAAUUUCCUCUGCGUUCAAAAAAAAAAAAACAAAAAAACCAGGCAACCCAAGGCCACGAAAAGAAGGCAGCAAUCCGAGGCGCCUCGCGGCGUUGGACGAGGCAGGCGCAACCGACCGCGACCGCGACUACGACCGCGCGCGGCAGACGAAGCCACGCCGUGCCGCCAUGCUUUCACACCCAAAAAGGCCACGCCCAGAAAGGCCACAAAAGCAUGUGCUCGGUGGCACCUGCGUCCCCGGUGCCGGCGCCGCCCACGCCCAGCCCACCUCGCGCCCAUGGCCAUCAGCAGCGGCAGGGUUUGCAGGGUUGGCGUGGUUGGCGGGGAUGCGCCUCAAUUCGCAGCCGCCGCCAUUCGCGGGCGGGGCCUCGUGCAUUGGCCAGAGACCCAACGCAGCAUGACGCAGUGCCCGCCGUCAUUGCCAGAUACGACCAUGCCGCCGCCGGCGCCCCUCUUCCUAUUCGACGGGCGCGACAGGCAUAUGCAGGGCUCCCCAAGGCUCCCCAAGGCUGCUGUCCGCCGCCCGCCGCCGCCUGUGCGCACCACACUGCACGCGAGAGCUCAGGAACCACAGUGUCGCGCUCGACGCCGAGCAAGUCGUCUUUAGCUGCGCAACCUCCGAGCCUCGGUCUUGGGCCGGUCGCGGGCGUGAGACGGGCAGCUAGAGUUCGGUGA